AUGGGCCUCGUCAAUGUUGAUGGGACUACUGUUCAGGAUUGGCUCCAGGGCUGGAUUCUUGUUGUACUAAUCGAAGCGGCAUUUUUUGGUACAGGCAAUAUUGCAUCCCUGAACAGUUUCAAUCCAUCAUUUCUGCGCUGCUUCAUAUCGGUUUUUUCACCGUUCACGAUGACUGCGAUGCUGAUUUUUAAAAUUUCAUUGCCAAUUCUGGCAGUUGCAUUCGCCUACGCCGUGAUUGUUCGCAUAAAAAAUAUCAUGAUAAACAAGUUAUCAAUGGUUCUUCUGAUCAUCACCGAUGCAAUGGCUCUGGUAAUCAUUAUUGGAGCCUUCCUGGUUAUUUAUAUAACUAAUAGGAUUUUUUCCGAAAGCUCGCGAAUGGAAUGGUUUCAGGUAUUCUUUUUCCGACUGGUCGAUGAAGGAAGCUGGCAGGAUAUUGGCACAAGUUAA